AUCACUUGUCAAAUCUCAUCUUUCCUCGUUUCUCCUUAUCGAAUAUUCGCUUGGGUAAAUCCUCUCUUAUAUAUAGAUGAGCUUCUAGGGUUCUAUCGAAUAUUCAUCUUCAGCCAUCUCUAAAACUCUCACUCCGACCGUCGCUCCAAAUGGCUAUCAACAAUGCUCAGUUGCAUCCUGCAACUGUGUUUAACAACAAAGGUUUCCGAAAUGCUGCCACUUACUCUAGAUACCUUCGCAGGUUUCGCGAUCAUCCCAUCUAUCCUUCCUUUUCCAUUCAACCCUAUGGGUUUUCCAAGUAUGACAUAAACAUUCCAUCACUUCUCGAUGGCCUCGGCUGGAGCUCUUUGGUUGAAAACAUGCGCUUCAGUCAUUGUCCUGAGGCGGUAAGGUUGUUUGAUGUCAAUCUCAAGUGUAGUCCUGGGUGUGAUCCAUCCUUCUUUACAACAUAUGUUUUUAACAAUGAGAUCACAGUCAAUCCCACUCUCCUCUCGGCCUUGCUCGAUUGUCCGCACUCUGGACUACAGGCUGGCACAGAUAGUGAGUUUGUUGCUCAUGACUUUGAUUUCCUUGGUACUCUGUCCCGUCACACUCGUGACAUAGGCCAUUUCUUUCCCUCACCACUCGCGGCUGGUCGUCUCCCUGAUGACCUGAAGGUGCUUCAUUUCUUUAUCACUCGAUGCUUCCUCCCUCGUGAUCUGUCCAACACUGACAUUCUUCACUCCACUGAUCUCUGAAUCAUUUCUAAUGCCAAAGUCGGUCGUUCAAUCAGCUAUGCGUCUCUCAUCUUCCAACACAUGAUUAAGUUUGGCCUGGAAUAUUUUGGUGGUCCACUAUCUUUUGGCCCUCAGAUCACCAACUUUUAUACCAACUUGGUAUUGACCUGUGUGACAAAGUCACCAUCUGCAAUGUCUUGGAUGAAUUACGUCUGCAACAUGUUUUGGAUCGACUUGGUGCUCUUGUUGACCCCCGAAAGCCUAUCACUGGCUCAGGGGGAGUCAUGAUCAGUCCUUAAACCUAUCAAUCUGAACACCUAGCUAGUGCUCUGGUUGAUGCAGCUGUAUCUGUAAUCAAACGAGAAUCCUCAG